UGGAUCUAUAAUUUAUAACUUGAGUCACUUACUAUUUAUAGUCUCAUCUCAUUAUGGAUUACAUAUAUAUGCAAAUCCUCCCGUUAAUUAUUAGCAAUAUUUAUUUUCAAGUUUCACAGUGAGAAUGGGAUCCUUAGUCUUGAUGUUGCUUUGUUGGAAACUUUAAGGCAAAGUCAUCGUUUAGGCAUAAGGAUUUUUUGUUGGGCCUCAAAAGUAAUUGCUUUGCAUUAGAAAGCUAGUAGAGUUUAUUGGAACUAAUAGUGGAUGCUGGGAUAGCAACUGAAAUGAUAGUGAGACCCUCGUUAGGAAUCUAAAUGACAAUGAGACACCCAUUAAGAAUCUAAAAGGAUAGAAGAACCUUAACCUUUUGCACGACUUUAGGGCAUUGGACGUUCUAGAAGUUGCUACAUUUUAAUACAUGUUUUAUAGCUUAUGGUUUGUAAAGUAACAUUGAUGCUUGAAUAAAUUUAACAUUGACCAUGCAUUAAGGAUCUUGGGUGCAGGUAACAGGAAACAUUUUGUAUAGACAGAGGGUCCUGUGCCACAACCUUGAUUUGUGGUCUUUGCUUAGCUAGUUUCAGAAUUCAGUCUCUUGUGACAGAAUUUUGAGCUUAGCAAGAGAAGAAUCCUAAAUAUUGGUGAAAGAUUUAGUUCAUGCAAUGGAUUUGUCAGAUGCAGUGAUAGUCAAUUCUAGCCGAUUGAAAUCUGUUGUAUGGAAUGACUUUGAUAGGAUUAAAAAAGGUGACACCUGUGUGGCUGUAUGUAGGCAUUGUAAGAAGAAACUUAGUGGAUCAAGUACUAGUGGAACAUCUCAUUUGAGGAAUCAUUUGAUUAGAUGUCAGAGAAGAUCUAACCUUGGGAUACCUCAAUACAUUGCAGCAAGGGAAAAGAAAAAGGCAGGGACCCAUGCUCUUGCGAAUUUCAAUAUGGAACAAGAGCAGAUAAAGGAUGAAAUGCUUAACAUUGUAAAUGUUAGAUUUGAGCAAGAGCCGAUGAAAGAUGAGGCUGUUAACACUGGAAACAGUAACUUUGAUCAAAGGAGAAGUCGAUUUGAUCUUGCUCGAAUGAUAAUCUUACAUGGCUAUCCAUUGGUCAUGGUUGAGCAUUUUGGAUUCAGAGUAUUUGUUAAAAAUCUCCAGCCACUUUUUGAGCUUGUGACAUUUGACAGAGUUGAGGCCGACUGUAUGGAAAUCUAUAUAAAAGAGAAACAAAAGGUGAAUGAAGUGUUGGAUAAAUUGCCUGGUAAAAUCAGCCUCAGUGCUGACAUGUGGGCUGCUUAUGGUAAUGCUAAGUAUUUGUGUUUGACGGCGCACUACAUCGAUGAAUCUUGGCAGUUAAAGAAGAAGAUUCUAAAUUUUAUUAUGGUUGAUCCUUCUCAUACAGAAGACAUGCAUUCGGAUGUUAUCAUGACAUGUCUGAUGGAUUGGGAUAUUGAUCGUAAAUUGUUUUCCAUGACGUUUGAUAGUUGUUCUACCAAUGACAACAUUGUAUGUAGAAUCAGAGAUCGGUUGUCCCAGAAUAGAUUUCUUUAUUGUAAUGGUCAAUUUUUUGAUGUUCGCUGCGUGGCGAAUGUAAUCAAUUUGAUGGUUCAGGAUGCCUUGGAAGCACUAUGCGAUGUAACCAAGAAGAUACGGGAAAGCAUUCGAUGCGUUAAAAGUAGACAAGCAAUGCAAGCAAAGUUUAAUCAGGUGGCUGAAGAGGUUAAAGUCGAGAGUCAAAAGUCCUUAUGUCUAGAUAAUUCAUUGCGAUGGAGCUCAACACAUGUUAUGCUUGAAGUUGCCUUGGAGUACAGGGAGGUGUUUUGUGUUUUGCAAGAAAAUGACCCUGUCUACACAAUGUGCCCAUCCAAUAUAGAGUGGGAGAGAGUGAGUAUCGUUACUAGUUACUUGAAGCUCUUUGUGGAGGUGACUAAUGUUUUGAUGAGGUGCAAGUCCUCAACUGCAAACAUAUAUUUUCCUGAGCUCUGUGAUGUUCACUUGCAGUUGAUCGAAUGGUGCAAGAAUCCUGAUGCUUGUAUUAGUUCUGUGGCGUCGAAGAUGAGAAGUAAGUUUGAAGAAUAUUGGGAGAGAUGCAGCUCUGGUUUAGCAGUUGCAGCCAUGUUAGAUCCUCGAUUCAAGAUGAAAUUGGUUGAGUAUUACUAUCCACAAAUCUACGGCAGUAGCGCUCCAGAACGUAUUGAUGAUGUUUUCCACUGUGUGAAGGAACUGUACAAUGAACAUUCAAUCUGCUCGCCAUUAGCCUCUCUUGAUCAAGGUCUGGCCUGGCAAGUGGGCGGUGCCGGUUCCUCACCUGCGUCAAGGGAUAGGCUGAUGGGGUUUGACAAAUUCCUAAACGAAACAUCACAUAGUGAAGGCAGCAAGUCUGAUCUGGACAAGUAUCUGGAGGAGCCCCUGUUUCCUCGUAAUGUAGAUUUCAACAUAUUAAAUUGGUGGAAAGUGCACACUCCCAGGUAUCCAAUCCUAUCCAUGAUGGCGCGCAAUGUGUUGGCAAUGCCCAUGUCUAAAUUUGCCUCAGAGUUUGCAUUCAGCACUGAACCAAGAGUGCUUAAUCGUGACUGGACUUCACUCCCUCCGCCUACAGUACAAGCUUUGAUGUGUUCACAAAAUUGGAUACGGAGUGAACUAGAAAGUUAGUUUAUUUUCAGCCACCCAGAAUCUUCUUCUUUUUGUUUUAUUAUGGUAGAUCAUCUAAACUAUACCUUGUCCAAUAUUUUGAUGCAUAGUAGUUGGUCAAUUUUUGUGCUGUCUACUUCAACAUAUGCCAAUAUGCCAUCCUUAUUCGUUACUUACAUUGGUGUCCUCACAAAACCGUUUCCUGCUUAAAUUGUAUGGGUGUCUUUCAUCUUAAAUUGGUCUGUAAAUUCCCUAUUGAUCUCAGGAUUAAAAGUGAAAAGGUGUAGAUGUAAAAUUUAUACUCUGUAACCAAGUAAAUAAUGCUACGUACGUCAGAAAGUUUUACCUCA